CCGUCUCCAAGAUGAAAGAGUUUAAUAGCUUUAAUGUUCCAGAUAAAAUUUUACAACCUCGACUAACACAGAAUAGAAUUAACAAAUCGUUAGAAAUAUUAAAGAUACUACUGGCUCACGAAUUUGAUGUGAACAUACGUGACAACUACAGGAAAACAGCUUUACAUUACAGUGUGGAAUAUGAACAGUUAGAAUUUACACACAUGCUGCUUGAGGCAGGGGCUGAUGUAAAUUUACUUGAUGACAACCAUGACACGCCUUUAGUUAUUGCUUGCCGCUUGUAUCUUAACCUGCAGAAAAUAAACGAACUGGGUGAUUUUGGCGGAAGUUCAUUGGAUAUUUCCCACUAUAAAGGUCUAAUGACAUCGACAAAGAAAAUGCGUUCAAGGCUCAAUUACUUGGCCAAAAUGGUAGAAUCUCUUAUCACUCCAGAUGCGCGUGUAAACAUUGCUGACAAAGAUGGCUACACGGCCUUACAUCUGGCUGCUGAGACGGACAACGUUCAAAUAGUUCAACGUUUACUUGGUGCAGGUGGCGAUGUCAGGGUAGCGGCCAACACUGGGGAAACUGUGCUACACUGUGCAGCAAGAAGUAGUUGCAGUGAGAUUAUGGAUAUACUUUUAAGUGAACCACAAUCAGCAGAUGCCAUUAACGCCAGAAUGACAGAGCUAUUUGAAAGAUCUAACAAACGUCUGAAGAGAUUUCACGGUCACGAGCAGGUGUACAACAGUCGAGUACACCAAGUUGAUUAUUUAGAUCACAAUAACAAACGUUCACAAGUUUGUCUAAAUACUUUGUCUGGUAAAACCGCUUUAAUUGUUGCGUUAGAGAACAGCAACGAGCAGACAGCUUUGAAAUUGUUGUCUCGUCACCCUGACCUCAAAGUCCACACAGAUGAAGGCUACACAGCGUUGCACUUCGCUGCAUUUGAAUCAUGCACAGACGUAGUGCGGCAUAUGCUACAAGCAGGAUGUAAUGUAAACGUACAGACGGAAGAGGGACACACGCCUUUAAUGUUAGCUGGAAAUAAGGAGAUUGCUCUCCUGUUGUGUGACGCAGGUGCUGACGUGAAUUUGGUGGAUAAAAACGGCGACAAAGCUCUACACCUGGCGAUAUACAGAAGCGAAGCAGACGUUGCUCAAGUUUUGAUAAAUAAAGGCACUGUCAUUGAUGGAAACUUUCCUGAACCUCUGCCACCUCUGGUAUUGGCUGCAGCUCUGAAUGCGAUCACCAUUGUCAAAAUGUUACUUAAAGCUGGAGCUAACGUUAACGUCUUGUCUUCUUCUGGGAUAUCUCCAUUGAUGGCAGCAGCUGCUUGUGAUUCUAGUGGGUACAAUAACGCCGAAAUAUUUCAAAUCCUCAAUGAACACGGAGCUGACUUUAACAUGACAGGCAAGAAAGGCAGAACAGCUCUCAUGUAUUUAGUAAAGCGCGGCAAUCCGCAACUUCAUUUAGGUACAUUUUUGUUCUAUGGAGCUGACCUGAACAUUGAAGACGAUGACAAUAGAUCAGCACUAACUUACCACUUAUUAGAAGAUGAGACCAACAUGAGCAAUAACAAUAGAAGGAAGAUUGUGGAGGAGUUUGUUUACCAUGGCAACAAGAUCAGCCAAUCUGGUGUCACAGAUGAGAGAGACGUCCCACGUUUGUCAAAGGCUGUAGAACUUGACGAUGUGGAACUUGUCAAAAACAUCCUACAUCGUGGAGCUGACGUAAACAAAACUGACAAGAAUGGGAGGACGUGUCUUCAUGUUGCCGUCUCCAAGAUGAAAGAGUUUAAUAGCUUCGGAAUUCCUGAUAAAAUUUUACAGCCUCGGCUAACACAGAAUAGAAUUAACAAAUCGUUAGAAAUAUUAAAGAUACUACUGGCUCACGAACUUGAUGUGAACAUAUGCGACAACUACAGGAAAACAGCUUUACAUUACAGUGUGGAAUAUGAACAGUUAGAAUUUACUAACAUGCUGCUUGAGGCAGGGGCUGAUGUAAAUUUACUUGAUGAUGACCACGAAACGCCUUUAAUUAUUGCUUGCCGCUUGUAUCUUAACCUGCAGCAAAAAGACGAACUGGGGGAUUUUAGCGGAAGUUCAUUGGAUAUUUCCCACUAUAAAGGUCUAAUGACAUCGACAAAGAAAAUGCGCUCAAGGCUCAAUUACUUGGCCAAAAUGGUAGACACUCUCAUCACCCCAGCUGCGCGUGUAAACAUGGCUGACGAAGAUGGCUACACGGCCUUACAUCUGGCUGCUCAGACGAACAAUGUACAAAUAAUUGAACGUUUGCUUGGGGCAGGUGGCGAUGUCAGGGUAGCGGCCAACACUGGGGAAACUGUGCUGCACUGUGCAGCAAGAAGUAGUUGCAGUGAGAUUAUGGAUAUUCUUUUAAGUGAACCACAAUCAGCAGAUGCCAUUAACGCCAGAAUGACAGAGCUGUUUGAAAGAUCUAACAAACGUCUGAAGAGAUUUCACGGUCACGAGCAGGUGUACAACUGUCGAGUACACGAGGUUGAUUAUUUAGAUCACAAUAACAAACGUUCACAACCAACAGGAUCCAAUAACAAUAGAGGAAAGAUUGUGGAGGAGUUUGUUUACCAUGGCAACAAGAUCAGCCAAUCUGGUGUUACAGAUGAGAGGGUGUCUCCUCUAGAGAACCAGCUGAAGGAAAAACACCAGAUUUUAACCAGUCGAAAACGAAAACGAGAAUGUGAACAGCUGUUGCAAAAAGGCGAUGUCAAUGCUUUUUUAGAAGGAGACGUUCCCCUUUUAUCAAAGGCUGUAGAACUUGACGAUGUGGAGCUUGUCAAAAACAUCCUACAGCGUGGAGCUGACGUAAACAAAACUGACAAGAAUGGGAAGACGUGUCUUCAUAUCGCCGUCUCCAAGAUGAAAGAGUUUAAUAGAUUUAAUGUUCCAGAUAAAAUUUUACAGCCUCGGCUAACACAUUAUACAAUUAACAAAUCGCUAGAAAUAUUAGAGAUACUACUGGCUCACGAACUUGAUGUGAACAUACGUGACAACUACAGGAAAACAGCUUUACAUUACAGUGUGGAAUAUGAACAGUUAGAAUUUACUAACAUGCUGCUUGAGGUAGGGGCUGAUGUAAAUUUACUUGAUGACAACCAAGAAACGCCUUUAAUAAUCGCAUCUCGUUUAUAUCUCAACAUCCAUAAUAUGAAGUCUGGUGUCAGUAGAGAAGACAUAUCUGUCUAUAGAGGUACAGUCACAUCAAAAGUUAAGUUAGGGUCUAGGCUCAAAUAUUUGGCCAAAAUAGUAGCAUCUCUCAUCACCCCAGCUGCCCGUGUAAACAUUGCUGACAAAGAUGGCUACACGGCCUUACAUUUUGUUGACCAGACAGACAACGUUGAUCUAGUUGAACGUUUGCUUGCUGCAGGUGGCGAUGUCAGAGAUACAGCGAACAAUAAAGUAACAAUCCUGCAUCUUGCAGCGAAAAACGGCUCCUGUGAUAUUAUGGAUAUUCUUUUAAAUGAUCCACACAUUACAGAUGUCAUUAACGCAAGAAUGACAACGUUACAUGAAAAAUCAACCAAACGUCUGAAGAGGCACCAUGUCCAAGAACGUUUGGGUCACAGUCCGGAAGAGAAAAUUUAUUUUUUAGAUCGCAAUGACAGACGUUCACAAGUUUGUCUAAAUACUUUGUCAGGUAAAACUGCCCUAAUGGUUGCGUUAGAGAACAGCAACGAGCAGACAGCUUUAAAAUUGUUGUCUCGUCACCCUGACCUUAAUAUCCACACCGAUGAAGGCUACACAGCGUUGCACUUUGCUGCACAUGGAUCAUGCACACACGUAGUGCGGCAUUUGCUACACGCAGGCUAUAAUAUAAACAAACAGACGGAAGAAGGAUACACGUAUUUAAUGUUGGCUGGAAAUAAAGAGAUUGCUCUCAUGUUGUGUGACGCAGGUGCUGACGUGAAUUUGGUGGAUAAAAACGGCGACAAAGCUCUACACAUGGCGAUAUACAGAAGCGAAGCAGACGUUGCUCAAGUUUUGAUAAAUAAAGGCGCUGUUAUUGAUGGAAACUUUCCUGAACCUCUGCCACCUCUGGUAUUGGCUGCAGCUCUGAAUGAGAUCGCCAUUGUCAAAAUGUUACUUAAAGCUGGAGCUAACGUUAACGUCUUGUCUUCUUAUGGGAUAUCUCCAUUGAUGGCAGCAGCAGCUUGUAUUUCCGGUGGGUACAAUAACUCCGAAAUAUUUCAAAUCCUCCAUGAACACGGAGCUGACUUUAACAUGACAGGCAAGAAAGGCAGAACAGCUCUCAUGUAUCUAGUCAAACACGGCGAUAUGCUGGCUUAUUUAGAAACACUUGUAUCGUUUGGAGCCGACCUUGACGUCAAAGACAGAGACAACAAAACAGCGCUAGUCUACUGUUUAUCGCACACACAGCAGUUUAAGUAUUCAGAAACGUUGCUAAUUGCUGGAGCUAAUCCUAUCGUUGGACCAGAGUAUCGCUACCUGGUGGUUUCAUUUCUUCCUGUCAACGAUUGGAGAAAGAUUCCCUUGUGUUAUGAUCCUGUUGAUUAUGAAACCUUGCAACGACCUCGACCUUUGAUGUAUCACUGGCCUAUGGGCAUUAAUCUUGUUAGCUAA